UAGCUUAUGACCGACGUUAAUCAUUGUUUUUCUUUGCCUCAAACACACUGGUAAUUGUGGGCUCUUGUUUGGCCCACAUUUCACAUGGCCUUGUUUUCUGAGUUUUUGUCACUCUAGUAUUCUCCUCCAUAUUUUCAAAAAAAAGUAUUCUCCUCCUCCAUAAAUACCUCCCCACCCUUCUCCAAAUUUCCAUCAACUCAGACCAAAACCACCUUCUUCUUCACAACUCUGAUCUCUCUCGAGCUAUCUUCUUCUUUCUCUGUCUAGCCAACCAGCUGAGUUAUAUACCUAGUUAUUUUUUAUAAGAGAGUUAUAUACCUAGUUAAUUACCUACUUCUGCUUACUACUCUCUCAUGGCGAUCAUCAAGAAGUCAUUAUCGAACAAAGCACUGCUGCUGCCACAAACGACUGCCCUGAAGCAAAUUCUGAAGAGGUGCUCGAGUUUCGGGAAGAAGAACAAUGUCUACAAUGAAAGUGGUCUACCCGAUGAUGUUCCCAAAGGGCAUUUCGCUGUGUACGUAGGCGAAAACAGAAGCCGAUAUAUAAUCCCGAUAUCGUGGUUGGGGCAUCCUGAGUUUCAGAGCCUGCUGCAGAGGGCUGAGGAGGAGUACGGGUUUAACCAUGACAUGGGUUUGACGAUUCCUUGCGAGGAAGUCGUCUUUCGCUCCUUGAUAGACCAGUAUUGCUGAGGUUGUUAUCUGUAGGUUGUUAUCUGUGGCAUGCAGCAAUGGUGGCUCUGACCUUACGUGAGUGAGGGUGAUUAACUUGUUCAGUGCUAGUGAUUGAUUGUAUAUGAGCAUGUAAGGAGGUAGGGUACUUUUUCAGUUUUUCUCAA